AUGGUGAUGAUAUUUUCAUAUCGCCGAGUAUUUCAUACUUUGGAAUGUAUUUCCCCUGUGGCUUCAUUCAUCACAUUUUCUUAUAUCCCAGGAGGAAUUAUUGAAAAUCGCAUUGUUACGGCCGAUCAACUAAAAGAAUUUGCCAAUUACACAACAAGUGGAGGUCUGGAUGGAGCACGAUCGAAACUGGUUGGUAUUCUUCAUCAAGUUCGAGGUCAAGAACUGAUCCGAAAAUUCAAUUCUCAUCAGACGGAUCUGGUUGUAUUGUUACAACAACACUCGAAAGCUGCCGAGCUAAUAUCGAAAACGAAUGUAUAG